CACCGAGAGAAUCGAAUUUUCAUGUUCUGAUUUCAGCGUGUAUAGUUGGAGUUACUAGCGUCACUAAAGUAAAGAUAAGAUAGUAUUACUUAUAAACACUUAGAUAAUUUUUAUCUAAUAUACAUAAGUGAGUAAAUUUCCUUCAGAAGGACAGAUUAGAUAUUACUAACUCCAAUAUUAAACUAAAUUAAACACGCUUAAAAUGUCUUCAGAGUUUUUAAACGAUGUAGAAGGGUUAAUUCGGGACCGGGUCAAGCCUAAAGCACCAGUGUUCAUGUAUACAGUGACAUUGAUGUCAGCAGUUGGAGGGUUUAUGUUAGGGUAUGAUACUGGGGUUAUUUCAGGAGCAAUGAUAUUCUUACGAAAAUAUUUUGAACUAGAUUAUACAUGGCAAAAACUAGUCAUCGGUGUCACUAUGGCAACAGCCUGGACAUUUUCACUCAUUGCAGGUUAUUUUGCAGACAGAUUUGGACGUAAGCCGGUAAUAAUUCUUUCGAGCUUUGUGUUUACGGCAGGUGCAGUGCUUAUGGGCACAGCCAUUGACAAGGGAAUGUUUCUCGGAGGGCGACUUGUCAUUGGAGUAGCCCUAGGCCUAACUUCAAUGACGGUGCCCGUGUAUAUCUCUGAAGUGUCGCCACCUGAAAUCCGAGGAAGACUGGUAACUCUCAGCUACUGUUUUUUAACUGGUGGGCAGUUUGUAGCUGGCGUUAUCGAUGGAGUAUUUUCUAAUGACGAAACAAAUGGAUGGAGAUUUAUGGUGGGAUUAGCAGCAGUACCUUCCUUUAUCCAGUUUUUCGGCUUUCUUAUAAUGCCAGAAUCCCCGCGGUGGCUGGUGGCUCAAGGUAAAUAUCAGGAAGCCUUGGAGGUUUUAAAGAGUGUACGUGGACAAACAUCUGACGCAGAGGAAGAAUUUGAUUCAAUUAAAGCAAGCUACUUGGAAACAGAACGAGAAAUGGGAAAUACAGGUUCCAGGCCGAUAAUCCUUCAAAUUUUCCGAAACUCUGCCGUUAAACGUGCUCUCACAAUUGGCUGUCUCCUCCACGUUACCCAACACUUUGUAGGCGUUAAUACAGUCAUUUUCUACGGCGCCUCUGUUAUUGAGAUGUCUGGAAUAAAGCAUAAGUCGUCAGCCGUUUGGUUAGCGGCUGUGAUAGCAGCAGUUAACUUUUGCUGUUCCUUCCCCGGCCUGUUUUUGGUUGAAAAAGUAGGAAGAAGGCCACUUACACUCUUUAGUCUAGCAGGAGUUACCUUUAGUCUGGGGAUAAUGGCUGUUGGAUUUCAACUAGCUAACCUCCACUCUCCACAGAUACAAAUAAAUGGCACCGAUGGGUCUGGCACCGUAUGUUCUUCAUACAGUUCCUGUUCACAGUGUGUUAACAAUCCUUAUUGUGGCUACUGUUUUUUGGACCUGCCACCUGGACCGUCCAAUGGAAGUUGUCUAUUGGCUGAUUUAGACAAACCCGACAUUUCUGUCACGGGUCAAUGCAACAGUUCAUUGUUAGAAAAGUCAUUGACUUGGUCUUACCAAUGGUGUCCAUCAGAUUACUCCUGGCUGGUCCUUGUUGGCCUUGUACUUUAUUUACUGUGUUUUUCUCCUGGUAUGGGUUCUAUGCCCUGGACAGUGAACUCGGAGAUUUACCCAUUUUGGGCCAGAAGCACUUGUUGUGCCACUACAGCGUCCGUGAACUGGCUAAGCAAUAUUGUGGUUUUUAUGUCGUUCCUAAGCUUUGCUGAAAUCUUGAAUAAGUAUGGAAUAUUCUGGCUCUACAUGAGUGUCGCUGUUCUGGCUUGGAUCUACUUUUUUCUCAUGCUGCCAGAAACCAGAGCAAAACAGCUUGAAGAAGUGGAGGGUUUGUUUGCUCAUCCCUGGUGGCAGGAUGCGACAACAGCCGACGAAAAGAAAACAGUGCAGUACGUACAUAUUCGAGGCAUUAACCAAGCAACCAAUGUAGAUGACCCGGACUCUGGAGAAGAAAGCUGACGCUCUUCUUACCUUCACACCUUCGUUAACGAGGUCUUAACCUGGAAAAACGAGAGAAAAAUUAUGUUCCAUUACUGCUAAUUGGCCCCUUAGAGACCAACAGCGAACCCUGUAAAUCGUUUGAGUUUUUCCGUAUUAUUUGUCGUAUACAGUUUGUGGUCUUCUGCUUUUUAACAUUAAGCUGUGAGGUUAUCUACAAGUUUCUGGCAACUAACACUUUAAGCUAAGUAACUACAAUGAAGUUGCUUUGUUUAGUGUUUCUUAUUCUUGAAAAUUCCUAAAUUCUUAAGGUUGAGUAAAAGGCUUCAGAAACUAUUCACUUUCAAAACAAUAGGGCAGCACCAUAUCAUAAUGCGAGUUCAAGAGGAAAAAGGCGAUAUUUUGAUUUCAACUAUUUCCCAGCCCGAGCACUUAAAUUAAUAUAAACACGUUCAGAAAAAUGCACAAAAUAUAAAUUAAGCGACAUUCAAUAAGCGGUUGAUUUGUUUACUGUUAUACCUAAAGACUGGUGACUUUUAAGACCUUUCUUUUAGUUGAAACACAACAAAAAGAGACAUGAAUAAUGAUGAGCAUUUUUUAGAAAUUUUUAAAACACACUUUAGAUAUUUUGGCAAUCACUGAACUUAAAUAACU